GCAGCUUUGGCCAUGUCCAUUGACAUCUGGCUCCCACGGCCUUACCUGACCCCCUUGCAGUGCCCAGUUCCCUAAGGCAGAAGGGGAUCCCAGCUCACCAUGGAAUGGUUCUGAUCUGUGCUCCCUUCUAGAUUGGGAUCGUGACAUGGAGCAUCUGGAAGCCCCGGGACAUGACGGUUUGAGACCCAUGGAGAAUGCUGGAGCCAAGCCUCUUGGUGAAGGUGAUCUGGCUUCCCAACCCACAUCCAGGACUGAGGCUCUGGGAGAUGGUGAGGGUGUGUCUGCAGGGAGGACUUUCCAGGCUCCUGGGCUGGAUGCUGCACGCAAACCCAGCUCCCGUCGCAGGGGUCCUCCAAGAGGAAAGAACAAAGCUGCAGGACACUGGAAACCCCAUGAGCCAUCCAAUACCAUGCAGCAAAUGCUGAAGGAAAUGCUGCAGGGAGGACAAGAGAUGAACCCAAAGGCUGUGCUGAAGGCGGCGUUUCCCGGAGGAAGCAGUGGCUCCUGGGCAGCCUCUGCUGCAGGAAGGGAGGCCAUGCCAGGCACAGCCCCAGGAGAUUGGGAUCGUGACAUGGAGCAUCUGAAAGCCCUGGCACAUAAUGGUUUGAGACCCAUGGAGAAUGCUGGAGGCAAGUUCUCUAUGUCCAUUUCUGCACAGAAUUAUCAGUGUCCUCCAAGAUGGAAGAACAAAGAGAUAGAAGACAAGAAAUCCCUGGAGGCAUCCCAACUUCUGGACAAGAUGCUGAGUAAUCUGGAGUGACGCCGUGUGCUGGAGCAGAUGUUUGUGCAGAUGAUGGCAUAUGCUAGAGGAAGGAAUGGCCCUGUGCCAGCUCCUGGUGCAGGAAAGGAGGAGAUGCCAGGCCCAGGCACAGGAGAUGCGCUUGGCAAGUCCAGUAUAAAUGCUGAGAAUCCACCGAGCACCCCAAGAGUGUUCUGCCCGCAGGAUGUGCGCAAGUCCUG